AUGUCUCUUUCCUCUGAGCUGGGCGCUCUUCCACUGAGAAAUGCCCUCCUUUUGGCUUCUGUACUGGUGGGACUUAGUAGUGCGCUCGUCACCUUGAACCAGUCUUCCUUCUCAAAACCUCAUGAUAGAGGAGGUGCCCUUGAUGUAGAGGAGGGGGGUGGUGGACAUGGAGGGGACGAGAGCAGUGACAAUAAUGGAGGGGAUGGUAGGAGUGAACAUGGAGGAGGCAAUGGUGAUGUAGAGGAAGGGACAGGUGGACAUGGAGGAGAUAGCGGUGAUGGAGGGGACAGUGGCGAUGCAGAUGGAUGGUAUGGGAGUGCUGAUGGAGAGGACGGUAACGUCGAGGAGGGGACUGGUCGACCAUGGGAGAAGUUCUACUUUAGAGUUUAG